AUGUCAAGGGAUCAAAACAGCUUUGAAUGGUGGAGAAGAUCAUUACAAUAUAAAACAGGACUAGGUUUAACACCUGAGGAAAAACUGAGAUACGAAGAGGACUAUAAGGAUAUCUUAGCAAGGAAGCAAUGUGACGAUUGUUAUAGAUACAGAGACUGGAUGUUAAAAUAUAGUCCCACUGUGACUUUCAUGAUUCAACAGAUCAACAAAUUGCAAAAUAGAUUGCCCCAAACACUCUUUGUCGAAAAAUCUAGCAAUAAUAGAAACCCACCGUUAAAAUUCGACGAGGGUAAAAUCAUAUGUGAUUUUUGUGAUCAAUUGAAAAGUGGUGGUUUCAAUACAGAGAUGGGCAUCUUGCUAUGUCAAAAUAGAUUAACAGAUAAAUGGCACCUAGAAGAUACGUUGGCACAUGAACUGAUUCAUUGGUAUGAUAAUUUGAAAUGGGAUGUCAACUGGUUCAAUUUGAGACACCAUGCUUGUUCAGAGAUUAGAGCAUCAUCGUUAAGUGGAGAAUGUAGGUUUUGGCAAGAAUAUAAAAGACGUGGUCUGCGUACUGGAUUUAAACUAAAUAGGGGUCAUCAAAAUUGUGUUAAAAGACGGGCCAUCUUAAGUGUUAUGGGUAAUCCAAAUUGCAAAUCAAAGGAAGAAGCUACAAAAGUAGUAAACGAAGUAUGGGAAUCGUGUUUUAAUGAUACAAGACCCUUUGAUGAAAUUUAUAGAUAA